UUAUUUAUUAAGCAAGUCGAUAAAAGAUGACUUUCUGAGAGAAGCUAAGGUCGUUGACCGCGUGCUUAAAUGAAUAAAACAAAGCUGGAACUCUUGCCAUUUUACACGGUUCAGGAUUUUGUUUGUCCUCCCAAUCGUUUGCUUGUUUAGAAAUAUUUGAGGUGUUUCGGACAGUACUCAUAUGAGAUGGGCGCGGUUCCUCCGUUUACCGCAGCUAUGCACACGCGGACGUUUACGUCCGCGGCGCGCAUGCUCGCUGUCAAACUCCCUGUUGGUACAGUAUGUGUCAUGGUCGCGUGCAGAGAGAACGUUUGACCCAUGCUUUGAAGAAAAGUGCGUUUUUUUUUAAUUUAAACGCGUCAAAAAGUCACCAUAGAGCAUAAAAUGAAUGAAGCAUUCCUCAACAGAUCGAUCCAACCUCCUACACAUCUUCCCAGGUAUUUGUUUACUGAUAAGGACACAUCAGAAGGACUCAUUCCAAAGAUGAUAGUCCCAGUCAUGGGCAAAGAUCCUCGAUGGUUACUCGUCGAAGUUUGCAGGGAAUUUCAGCGUGGAAAGUGUUCAAGAACAGAGGACGAAUGUAGAUUCGCCCAUCCACCCGCUCAUGUGCUCAUACAGAAUGGAAAAGUCACGGCUUGUUUCGACUCUUUGAAGGGGCGUUGCCAUAGAGAAAAGUGCAAAUAUUUACAUCCCCCAAAGCAUAUAAAAGCUCAGAUGGAGAACAAUGGCCGUCUUCUACAACAACAGCAACAGCAACAACAGCAGAUAGCUAUUCAGCAGCAAGCCUUUGCUCCAAUUGCUCAACAGAUGCUGACAAAUCCCUCAUUUAUAUCUGCAUGGCCAUUAAGUGUUCCUGCAUCAAAUGGAACAUAUCUUCAACAUCCUGUUGCUUUUCUGCCUGAUGCAUCAGCCCUGGCUCAAAGUCCCUCGAGACGACUAGACAAGUCUGACAAAUUGGAGGUAUGUCGAGAAUAUCAGAGAGGAUCAUGUUCAAGAGAGGAGUGCAGAUUUGCACACCCUCCUCCACAUGCGUCUAUUGAUAGUACAGAUGGUAUGAUCACAGUUUGUAUGGACUUUAUGAAGGGAAGAUGUCAGAGGGAAAUGUGCCGAUACUUUCAUCCGCCAGCGCAUCUUCAGGGGAGAGUCAGAGCUGCUCAACAGCAGUCAAUACCGCUGGAGGGUAGCCGCAAGAGGCCACAUGAUACAUUGACUGAACUGACUUUUGGGGAACCAUUCAAGAAACAAACUGCUCUGGAAGUACCCCUGGUCAUGCCAGGGGCAGCAGCUGCUUUACCUUCCUUUAAUCAACCUUUGGGGUUGCAGUUCACAUCUCUUAUACCAACAAUGCCACUACUUACACCAGGAAUUCCUUUGGUUCAAACACAAGUACCACAGUGGCAACAACAGGUACAGCCACAGGUGUUAGGCUAUAUGCCUGUGGAGUCAGCGGCGACACCACCACCUCCUCUAGCUCCUCCUCCUACUCCUCAAACAUCCUACCAAAUCAUUGACCCUCAGCCUGUCCAGUCGAUGGACGUCCAGUACUGGAACAACUACACGUUAACUUCCGCUCCCACCACACCCACCUUUGUUAUGUCGCCCCAUGCCAUGUGAUCCAGGGGCGGUUCUUUUUGUAUGUACUAAGGGUGUGUGUGUGUGAUUGAUUGUACAGGGUGAGGGCAACAAUGAAGUGAUAGAACACGAAUUUAAGGAAUGGGAGACUGAGACAUAAAAGGUUGUAAGCAGCGGCUUUGUUCUAAGCAAGAAACAAAGCUGGUUGCCAUCUCAGAGAGAUUUGCAUGUCCAGGAUGCAAGGCAAUAUUAAAAGACUAUUCCAAUCAGUCUUCAAGAAGACAAACUUUAUUCAGAGGAGGAGAUCAAGAUAACUCUUGCGUUCUUUUCUGAAAAAUGGCCAUUGUAAAGGACAGCAUGGAGGGAAAAAUCGAAUGAAACCUCAAGACUGUUACAGUACCAUUAAUGAUCAAUAAAUAUAUGACAACAAUGUGCGUUAUUGUCAGCAACAACCUUAUCUAAAAAUUUUUAGGUCCUUGACCAGAAAUAGAGAUAAGCAUUUGAAAAUAACAAGCAAUGUUCUUCUUAGAUUUUCAUAAUUCCAGUUUAAAAACAGUGACAGAAAGAGAGUUACAUACAACCACUCCAUUGUUGGUUGUAUGUGAAAAACUAGCAUGAAAAGACAGAGGAAAUAUUUUAUAAAAUUGAGAUUGAGUUGCAGCUUCCUAAAGCUCUGUGAGUGUUUAGUGACUGGCAUGAGACAAAUAGAGAUUGUUGCUUAACACUUUCAGGGCUUUUGGUCCCUGCGGAUAGGUGAAACUUUUAUUCUUUAUUUGUUACUAGAGAGAAAAUGUUAUCUGUUACAUUCAUUGAUUUAUUUUGUACAUUCUAGAGAAGUCAAUCAGGGUUUUACUCAUUCACAUAUUUGCAUGUGUAAUAAUUUUAUUUGGGAAUGUUAUUUACUUACCCUACUCUUACUAUUUAACUUGAGAAAUUGUUUUGUAUGUACUUAAGAAAGAUAGACUAUAUAAAUGUAUUUUGUAAAAUAUCAGCUGUGUUGUCAAGUCUUGGAAUGCAGCAGAUCUAGAUGAAAAAUGACAAUAUUUGUACUUUAAACUAUCUUAAUUUAGGUAAGAGGAGUCACAGUUUGUUGACUGACAGAAUAAACUUUAAGUGCCUAAAGAUAUUAUUGAGCAUUACAAAGUAAAUUCAUUUAGCUGAUGACUCUGAAAGAGAUGACAAUCUACUUCCAUCGGAAAUUUUGUUACGAACAACAGAAAAUGAACUUUAACAAGAAUUUAGACAGCAUUUUUACAAACUGUUUUAUUAACUUAUUUUGCAAUAGAUGUGAAAUGGAUAUUGAUUUGAUUUUUGUGAAAUGAAUGAACUAGUGGCUGAGCCAUUGUGAUAAAGACGAAGUUAGAUUUAUUAGAGUUGUUUUAUCAAAUAUAAUUUUUCAUAAUAGAACUUUUAUUGCAAGACAAUUGAGAGAAAAGACAUCAACAAAUAUAAAACUGUUUUGGUUGGAUUCUUAUGUGAUAGUCUUGCAGCAAAAGUUUCAUUUUCAUAGCAUCAAAAUUACUUUUUGUAGGAAAAUUGUUAUUUAUGUGUUUAUAUGUGAUUGUAGAGUUGAAUUGAAUCAUAUGUUGAAUUAAAGUUUGUCUAUGUUGUC